UAAUUUUAUAGCCUCCAAGCUAUGUAGCCGCUGCCGUUUAGAAGACAUUGUUACGUCCAGCUAAGGCCCAGUCGAUAUGUCCGGAGACGACCAAGAGUUCAGCUAUAAGGAUGUGACGCUCUAUAAGGAGCAGAUACUGGGGACGGGAUCGUACGGCACCGUGUGCGUGGCCAAAUGCGAUCAGCUGGUGUGCGCCGCCAAGGUCAUGCACAGCACCCUAUUCGAACUCCACGAGCCUUCCUCGGACCUCCUGCUCACAAAAUAUCGGCGGGAGUUGCGCCACAAAAGCGCCGCCAAGCACCCCAACAUCGUGCAGUACAUUCACAUCUCUCAAGACCCGGACACCCUAUUGCCCGCCUUUCUCAUGGAGCUGUGCGACGAGAACCUCACCCAAUUCCUGGAGCGAUCCACCGGCCCCCUCCCCUACUACUUAGAGGUGGAUCUCAGCAACGACAUCGCGCAGGCCCUCAGCUACCUGCACACAAACGACGUCAUUCACGGGGGUCUAACAAGCAACAACGUCCUGCUGAUCGCUGGGUGCCGUGCAAAAGUGUCAGAUUUCGGCAUGUCCAAGCUCGUCAGCAUCAACUCUAACUCCUCGUCACUCAGUAUGUGCCCGGGGAACUUGGUGUACAUGUCGCCCGAGGCCCUCCGCCAGCCACCGCAUUACAGCUCCAAGAUGGACAUCUUUUCGUGGGGCGUGCUAGCUAUCCAGAUUAUGACGCGGCUCUUUCCAGACCCUGGGCCCCCAUUGGGGGAGAGCGAAGGUAUGAUAUUACAGGUGAUUCCUGAAUACGAACGGAGGAAGUCGCAAAUUGACUUGGUUGAUCCGAGCCACCCAUUGCUGGUACUUGCCAUAAUGUGCAUCCACUCCAGCAGGAGGAGGCAACUGACUGCUGAUGACUUGUGUGUGCAGAUGGUCAAGCUCACGCAGUCGUCAGCUUACACUCACAGCAAGCAGAAGCCGGUAACUCAGCCCCAGAGGGAGUUUGCCCGGAGAGACACACAGCCAGAGUUGGAAGAACUUCAGCUAGAACUGCAGCAGAUGAGCUGCGAGCUGAGUGCGAGAGUUGAAGAAAUGGAAUGGAUGAACAAGGCACUGGUGGCCAAAGAGAUGGAGAUAGCUGAGCUUCAGGAGUUCCGGAUGGCAAAUGUCCCGUCUAGCCUAGUCCCGUUGGUGGCUGAGGAUUACGAUGCUCUACGUGACUAUCCAGAAUUAAAGCCGUACCUUCUCUCAGACGUGACCUUUACCGGGACCACGAUUGGAGCCGGGGCCUCCGCAACUGUCGAAGAGGUGCUGGUACCAAUGGGUGCGGCCGCCAGGAAACUCCACGAUGUAGCUUCGGAGGGAAAGGAUGAGCUAACAUUUGUGGAAAAGGCGUUCAUGGAGGAGUGUAAACUGAUGAGCACCCUCAGCCACCCAAACAUCAUCAAGUUUAUGGGUCUUGUGUAUCCUUCUGGCUCACGACUCCCUGCUGUCAUAAUAGAGAGAAUGGCAACGAAUCUCCACGACCUGCUGCUUGACUCCGAUAGGGAAAAACCUUCGUUGAUCAUGAAGUGCUCCAUUCUUCACAACGUGGCAUGCGGUUUAGCCUACCUCCACGAGCGAUCACCACCCGUCAUCCACCGUGACUUGUCAGCCCGAAAUGUUCUCCUGGACUCAGACAUGGUGGCCAAGAUAGCAGACCUGGGUACGGCCCGCACUGUAGAAAAUGCAAGAGUUGCUCAAAAGAUGACAGCGUGUCCAGGAAAUGAGUUCUACAUGCCCCCCGAAACUAUUCCCCAUAACUGCUCUUACAAUAGCUCGAUCGACAUUUUCUCACUAGGAAUCCUUACAAUUUUCACAAUUGGGGAGAUUUUCCCCAUGAACCUGCUCCCAUCUACAUAUUAUACUGAGUCAGACGGCCUUCUGAGAGCUCGCACUGAACUAGAGAGACGAAGCGAUUACAUGGAAAUUGUAGUAGCUCAAAUCGGUACUCAUGACCACCCUCUCAUUCGGCUGAUCCAGCACUGCCUGCAAAAUCUCCCAACCAAGAGGCCAAGUAUCAGUGAGGUGCUGCGUCUGUUGGAGGAGGCUAAACAUUGUGCCAGGGAUGAUAAGAAUGUGCUGCCUCCUAAAGCGAUGUGUGUCAGAGAGGAAGUGGAUGACGAUCUGAGCCGAAAAGUCCCUUAUGAGGAGCUCAAGGGAGAGCACAACUGCCCUCCAGGAGUUGACCCACACAACAAGGAAGGUUCAAGGCGACCUAUGAGCGAUACCAACGGCUUCAGAACUACGCGAGCCUGAAAAAUAAAAAGCUUCAUCUUGCAGAAGAGGAAUUCUCCAAAGUUUUUGGGAUGAGCAUCCAUGAUUAUCGGUGUCUCCCUCGGUGGAAGAAGGUUGUUUUGAAGAAGAAAGUGGACCUUUUCUAAAUGGAAUCAGAUGCAUCUACCUUGUAUUGUGCAUGUAUAUUUUGCUCAUGGACACACAAUAUAGGCUGUAGGUUUGAAGCCAGUGAUGAUAAU